AUGGCGCUCAGCCCACAGCCGUUGACCGCGUCCGUGCUCGCACUCCUGGUGUUGACCGCCGGCCAACAUGCAAGCCAACCCGCAUCCGCCCUCAACGUCACGUUCCUGGGUACCGGCGUGCCAAUCCCCUCCCCCACCCGCUUCGGCCCCUCCAGCCUUGUUCGCGGCGCCAAUGCCACGAUCCUCAUCGAUUGCGGGUCGGGAGUCACGCAGCGGCUGGCGGCACUGGGUUUGACCGGCGCCCAGGUGAACGCCCUUUUUCUGACCCAUCUGCACGCCGACCACGUCGUGGACAUCUUCCAGCUGCUCGUCACGGGAUGGGGCGCCAGGCGCGAUCGGCCACUGCCCAUUUAUGGUCCCGUUGGGACUCGAGCGUUCUUGGAGGGGCAGAUGCAUGCAUGGCAGCCAGAGUUUGACCAUCGGAUUGACUACGCGGGUGAUGCACGCGAUGCGUUGGCAUUGGACCUCAACGUUACAGAAUUUGGCAAUGGGUCGAUCGGUGCAUUCUACGGCCUGGAGGUGACGGCCAUUGAGGUGGACCACCGGCCUCUGGUGCCAGCCUACGGGUUCCUUGUCCAAGGUGAAGGGCAGCGCGUGGUUUUCAGCGGAGACACGAGGCCCACGGCUGCAAUAACUACUGCCGCCAAGGGCGCCGACCUUUUGGUGCACGAGGUGGUGAUCCCGGCAGCCUUGCCUCGCUGGCCAAGCGAGGCCGCUGAGAGGAUUGCUGCCUGGCACACGCGUUCCGACGAGGUUGGAAAGAUCGCCCACGAGGCGGGAGUGGGGUGCCUGGCUCUCAAUCACAUCGCGCCGCCAAAUGCGGAUCGGGGAUCGUUGCUGCUUGAUGUGGCGGCGGAUUACGGGGGCCCUGUGGUCGUCGCCGAGGACCUCUGGACGGUCGACGUGAGCCGGGGCUGGUUAACGGUGGCGGGAGGGGGUGUGCUUGCGCUGGGGCGCGGGUAG